CAACUUUUGACCCGACAGCUGACACAUCAACUUCCAAAAUGGAGGCGCUUGAGCGGGAGCUUUCCUGUCCGUACUGCAACAAUCUGUUUUCCUCGCCGCUUCUCCUUCCCUGUGGACACAGCGUAUGCUGCAAGUGUGCCUACAACCUCCUAGCUUCCUCCGGUACAUCCAAAACCCCUGCUAACCCCGAAUCAUCCGAAGAAACCGACCGAUGUUUCAGUUGCCCCGAGUGUAAAAACGCCGUGUUUUUAGACGACAGGGGUUUGCGUUGCUUGUGCCCAAACCUUACCCUCCAAAAUAUCAUCGAAAGAGUUAAAGGUACCGAAGCCGCUACAGCUCGCUCUUCUGACGGCAACCUUGCCUGCGAAGUCUGCGAGAAAAGCCCGGCAGCAGACGCGGUGAAAACUUGCGUCACAUGCGAGCUCUCCUUCUGUGACAAAUGUCUCACGGCGGUGCACUCGAGAAAAGCCUUCGUGAAGCACCGUCUUGUAGACCCGCUGACAGUGACGGUACCGAAGACGCCGAAGUGUCAGGACCACGGCGAGGAGAAGCUGAGUCUGUACUGCGUGUCGGAUGAGACCAUCAUCUGUCCGCGGUGUACGGAGUCGGACGGCAGGCACUCCGCCCACCCUGUGGUAGAACUGCCCGAGAUGUACCAGGAAAUGAAGGAUAUCCUGAGGACCAGUGUAGAGAACCUGGCCUGGAGGAUCACAGAUUAUGAGAAGGGAAUACAACUGCUACAGGCCAUGUACCAGCUUGUCUGUGAGAACGCCUCCCGUCACAAGUCGUCCCUGUUCGUGGAACUCGACUCGCUCAUCUCUACACUACAGAAGAAGAAGCAGGUCCUUGGGGACACGAUCGACCACGAGCGUAACGAGAAGCUGUCAGUGCUGAAGUCGCACAUCGAGCGUUACCAGGAGAAGAUGGACCAUGGGAUAGGUGUGGUGGCGCUGGGAGGCAUGGUUCUGAAGGAGAAGGACCCCGCCUGCUUCUUACAGACAGCAGCAGCUGUCAAUGGAAGGAUCCUUGACGUGGCCUCCCCAGACCCCCUGCACGCUGGAAUCACUGAACACUUCCGCCCUGUCAAUGUGGACCUGGGGGAGGUCAGGGAGGUGUUGGACUCGCUGGACUUCAUGGAAGGAGAAAUGCCCGAGGAUGAGGCAGUAGGACUUGAGUGGGACAACUCAGCUGUAGAGAGUCCGGAGCAACCUGCAGAAUCGGAGACAGCUGACUAUGAGAGCCCAGCACCCCCAGAGCCUGAUCACACCUUCAAGAUAGUCAUAGUGGGAGACUCUGGGGUUGGCAAGAGUAAUCUUCUCUCAAGGUUUGCAUUUAGCAGGUAUGACUCAGGUAGUAAGCCCACCAUUGGGAUAGAGUUUGCCACUAAGACCAUGAAGAUAGAAGGGAAAACCAUCAAGGCUCAGAUCUGGGACACUGCAGGGGAUGACAGAUACAGGCCCAUCAUCAGUGCCUGCUGUAGAGGAGCGGUGGGGGCCUUCCUGGUGUAUGACAUCACCAGACAUGGAACGUUUGAGCAUGCUCAGAACAGACUCAAGGAGCUACAGGAAGAUGCUGAUGAUCAGGGCAUUGUGGUCAUGUUAGUUGGGAACAAGUGUGACCUGUCCCACAUCAGAACAGUGCCCAUCAGAGAAGCCAGGGACUUCGCCAAACAGAGCUCCCUGCACUUCUUUGAGACCUCGGCAGCAGAUGUUAAGAAUGUGGACGAUGCCUUCGAGAGGCUGAUGACGGAAGUGUACUACUCCGUAACAGGCACAAGGCCGGAGGACAGUGGGUCAUCAGAGGAGGAGUUCUAUUGAUGAUAACAAAAUGAUUGAUUGAUAUGUGUCAUUGUCUUAAGUCUCUACAAAACUCCUUGGGUUGUUGAAAUAACUACCAGAGGAUUUGCCAAAUAAUUUUCCAGACGAGAUAGUCAGCCAUUCAAUUUGAGUUCCACUUGUACACAAAGGCAAACCAGAAGUCUGUAUGGAAAUGAUAAUCAUGAGGUCUAAACCUGUAAAAGUUUGCCUAUGUUUGCAUUGAUCAUGACUCUAUGUGUAACACAUUGUGUGUUUUUGCUACCUUCAAGGCAAACCACUUUGAAACAUGUUGAUGUGUUUUGAUGUGAAUCUACAGAUUUCAUUACAUCACUAAUUUAAAAGUUUAUUUGAGGAUUAAUUCAAAGGCAUUAGAUAUAUGGACAAACGAUUGAGCUGUUUCAGAACAUACAGAUCUAGAUAUUUAUAUUCAAACAAGGCUGUAUGUACAGCAUGAAGAAAAGGACAGAAAGUUUGUGUUGUUGACAUAUGUAUGCAUAUACCUCUUGAAUACUGUGAUGUGUGUUAUUGUUUCACAUUUCCUUUGUGUGGAAAUAGGGAAAGUAAAUUAAAUUUUGUUCUUCAUUCAUUUAGGAGUGUAUAUACGUUGGUGAAGGCUUUACUCUAACUUUACACAGUGUAUGG